AGGAUUAUUCUACGUGUGAGCUCAUCUCUGACGACGUGAUACAACAGUCAUCUACUUCAGAAGCUCCUGUUGGGAAAUCCUAUUCCAACCUCUACCUCGAACAUCAACCCUCCAACAUGAGCGAUGACAGGGAGAGACACCGGCCCGAAAGCAGCCGGAGCCACGGGACCAGGCAGGCCCCCAACGUCAAACCCAAGCUCAGCCAGACGGAGAGGAACAGCAAGGAGGACAUGUGGAAGAAGGAGAAGCCUGCAAAGGUGAGGAGAUCGAGGAGUACCGACUCGGAGAGAGCUGAGAGAGGCAGGAGGAGAGAACGGGACAGGCACCAGGGGGAGAGGAGGCCACGGGGGAGGAGCGAGGAGGCCCGGGGACGGGACAGGAAAGAGGGAGAGAGCAGCAGGAGGGGGGUACAGCCGCCUGGAGAUGAUGUGGAGGAAACUGAGUGUGCCGUGUGUUUCUGCUCAUACGAUAACAUCUUCAAGACCCCCAAGCUGCUGGCGUGCGGGCACACCUUCUGCCUGGAGUGCCUCGCUCGCAUCAACGUGAGCUCUCCGGAGCUCAAGACCCUGUGCUGCCCCGUGUGUCGGGAGCUGACUGAGCUCCCCCAUGGCCAGGACCUGCCCCGCCUUGGCAACAAUCAGGACAUCAUAGGUAAACUCCCACCAGACAUGCAGAGGGCACUGUCCAUCCGAUUCAAGCGCAGCAAGGGCAAACUGCUCCUGAAGAACCCUCCUCCGACCAGCCCCACCAAGACUAAUAUCACCUCCCUGCCUACAAAGAGCCAGGAAGGUCAGGUGACAGCAGGGGGCGACCACCAGCUGAGUGCACUGGAGCAGGGAAUACCCCCGGCCACUGUGGUGAACGUAGGCAGGCCUCCGAGCAGGGUCAGAGGUCGCCUGCGCAGGUUGUUCCGCUCGGACCAGUGCUACUACAUCGUGGUGGCGUCCAUCAUCACCAUCACUGUGGCGCUCAUGCUGGUGGGGAUUCUGGCCUUUGUAAUCAUCCCCAAUGUGGCCAUUCACCGGGUUCCCCCUGGUUCGAACCAGACGUCGCACAAUCACCCAGGUGGAACUGCCCCGGGCCCUUAACCCCAGUGAAGGAGGGAGGACAGGCUGCACAGAUGAGAGUUAAAAGUGGAGGUUUUGCACAAAACUCGUGAACUUUUGCCUCCUUUCUUUGGUGAAGGAAAAAAUAAUUACUGUGAGACAUCCAGGCAGUGAGGUGAAGAAAUGAAGGAAAACAAGGACAGCAACAUUUUUUAAACAAAGGACACUACGGCUCAAAGCUGCACAUGGGCGAUAAACAGGGCAAACGGGACAGGAGCAGAGCAAGCUGUGAUCACUGUGAAAUGCAGGAAUACUCCAAAGACACUGUCCAGAAUGAUUAAUAAGCUGUAAAUGUUG